GUUCCUCUGGCUGUAUUCUCAGGCUUGCCCGAGACUGGGAGAUUGAGGACAGCCACCGAGCCACAGUGUUUCCCUUGCAGACAAAACCAGAGAGCGUAGAAGAGCCACCACCCCGAUCCUUUUCCUGCUGCCUGUAGCGAGGACAGAGACCCUUUUGUAUCAUGCGGAGGUGGAGCAGAAGGCAGGACGCCCCGGGCCAGCCCCCACCCUGGCCUCCCUGCACUACCCCUUCUUUCCCAGCAAUCCUCGGCCUCCCCUGCGCCCGACCCAGCUGGCGAACUGCCCGGUAUAACUGCAGCUCCCACGGCCCGGAUCCGCCCCUCGGGACGCUGCUCCAAGGUACUAUCAACGGAGCGGUUCUGGGCGACUAGGAGCGUACCUCCGCUGGGCUCAGGACCCGAGCGGAGUGCCAAAAAACACUGCAUUCAUCUACAUGCUGUUUUGCGUUCCAUUUGCAUACCGAGCAGCUCUCGGUCAACGUCGACACGCGCCCCCGCCCCCACGCAGACCCAGCUUGGGUCCCCUCCUCUGCUCGCGCUUCUCUCGUUAGUCCCCCUUCCAGACCCCGUCUUGCUCCGCAAGUUUUUCCGCCCAUGAGCCCCUCGCCGGCGCCCCCAGUCCUGUAAAAGCCCCUUCCCCGGGUCCCCGAUCUCGACCACCAGGUUCUCCAGAAGACAAUACUCCAAUUCUCUGGGAAGUGGAAGAAACCAAGCCCGGGCUAGGGGGGCGCUGGGACCCCAGUUGGGAGUUUGAGAGCGUCUAGUUGUCGAGUCAUCGCCUGAGCAUUCAGAGAUCUUUCCCCAAACGUCUUGUGGUGUCCCAGAACCUGUCCCUGAUAUGGGUGGGGGAUCUCUGGCCCCAGCCUAGAGCAGUGGGCAAACUGGGUCCCCCCCCCCCACCCAAAGGGAAAAGAGUUGGAGGGGCCCGCCCCGUGAUGUCACCCCCCACACACCCUGUCCCCUUCCUCCACCCCCAGGCUGGUUGCAUUUAGCUCACGGGGCUAGGGCUUCGGCUUGCAAGAGUUUAGGGGGCAACGAACAGAGUGACCCUGGGGGUGCCCAGACCCGACAGCCGCCCCGACGCCUAGGACCUCCGGGCAAGGAUGCAGCAGGGGGGUUAGGGAAGCACUUCUACCCCCUCCUCUCCUGAGCCCUGGCAGGGUGGUUUCCCAUCCCCCUCAAGACAUUCAUGGAUGGAUGAGAGGAGCUGACACUGAUCUUCCCCUCUGGGAUCACCUUUUCUUCGGCCAUAGAGGAAGCCCUGUUGCCCCUGGCCAUGACUUCUGACCCCAGGCCCUUUAAUCAACAUCUCCCAGAGCCUCCAGACCCAAGAUGUGUCUUGGAACCCCAGGACAAUCCUGAACUGGCACCCGCCCUGGUGUGUGCUCUUUGCUGCUGCUUUGGAAUCAUCUACUGCUGCUUCGGCUACCGCUGCUUCAAGGCAGUAAUGUUUCUCUCGGGCCUGCUUUCGGGAGCUCUGGUGAUCUUCCUGCUGUGCCACAAGGAGCGAGUGCUAGAGACACAGCUGAGCCUGGAGGUGAGCGCGGGCAUUGCGCUGGGCAUCGGACUCCUCUGUGGCCUGGUCACCAUGUUGGUUCGCAGCGUUGGGCUCUUCCUGACUGGUCUCCUGCUAGGCCUGACCCUGGGUGCCGGGGCCCUGCUGGGCACAGAGCCCAUCUACCAACCACCUUCAGCCUGGGUGCCAGCUGGGGGGUUGGUGGGGCUGGCACUUCUGGGAGCCCUGCUCACGCUUCGGUGGCCACGUCCAUUCACAGUUCUGGGCACAGCCCUGCUGGGUGCUGCGGUGCUGGUGGCCUGUGCUGACUACUUCCUAGAGGGGCUGGCACUGGGCAGUCGGCUGGGCCAACGCUUGCAGGCACUUCCAGCCUUGCCUCCUCUCUGCUGGUAUAGCUGGGUCUUGCUGGGCACCUGGCCAGCCCUGGGGGCCCUUGGGGCCCUGGCCCAGUGGAAGCUCAUGGAUGAGGAACAUGGAGGCCACGCCAAUGCAGUGGUCUUGAGCCACCAGCGAAGGCAUCUUCAACUCCUUCGGAUCCGCCAGCAAGAGGCCAAGUUGCACCGAACAUCUGCUGGGGUGGGGCUCUGUGAAGGCAGCUACCGGCGGCGCCAGCUUCCCCCCAACACCCGGAGCCCCGCUGAUAGUCUGGCUCCCAGUUAUCUCCAGAGCCUUCGAGAGCGCCAACUGGGACCAGGCCCCCAGGCCACAGCCCCCCACACCGUCCUGGACCUGGAUUCUGACUGUGGUUCCACUGUACCCCUCACCACACCUUCUGGUUCCACCCGGACCUGAGCCUAAACCUCCACUGAUGCUUUGACCCCUAGCAAGGGCCUUGGAACACCAAGUGGGCAGGGCCUGACCCCACAGGACCCACACACAAACUUCCCCACCUCUGUCACUGCGGAUAGAAUCUGUACUCCAACCCAGACCAGUCCUGUAGGGAUAUGUUUCAGGGACAGAUAAAGAGGAAUCUUGUGAGGAGGGUAGAGGAAUGGAAGGAUGAGUACCUACUUCUGUCCACUAAUAGAGGUGCUCUGCCCCUAGAAUAACUGGCUUCCUAAUUCCCUCCAAACCAAGGAGGGCCCUUACCCAAAGAGCCUUUUACAUACUUGCCUCAGUGUGCCUCACGAUGGUCGAAUAGGGGGUUUUGUUGUUGUAGGACCUACAGAAAACCAGGUAGCUCCCUAAAGCACUUGAUAGCUAUUUGAUGGGGAGAAGGGCACAGAGGAGCUCCUGGCUUCCAUAGGCUCAAGUCCUGUUCUCCUACCUCAUUUGGGAAUACCGUCCUCCAUGGUGCUUGCCUUUCUCUCCUUAAUGUGGGGAAGACCACGGGGCAAUGCAUGGCACAGAACCUGCCUCCCCCCACAGCUGUCUACUUCUCCAAGGGGAGACCAUUGGCACACAUGCCAGAGUCUUGCCCUUUUGCCCAAAGCAGCCUGGUCUUCACCGCUGCAUGGGAGACAAGUGCCUUCUCUGCUUCUCAUUGUAGGUGAUGCUCCUCUCCUUCACUAGAACUUUAUCCCAGCCACUAACCCAUUCUAACUCCCUCCUCUGAUUUUCCUGCUCAGAGUCUGUUCCCUGGUUCCCCGGACAGCAUGAAGGAAGAUGUGUUCCUCCCCUGGGCAACAAAGCUAUGAUGGGAGGGAGGAAGAACAUGGAGCAUGUGAAUAAAAUGGCAUUGAACAUUGAA